AUGAGAAUAAUUCGUGGAGGAAUAUAUGGCGUUUUACAAACUGAAGGGGAAAUUUGGAGGGAACAUAGACGCUUUGUUUUGCACGUUUUUAGAGAUUUUGGAGUUGGAAAAAAUAUUAUGCAAGAAAGAAUUUUAACAGAAAUUUCAGAAAUGUUUAAAUUAUUGGAUUUAGAAAUUAAUGAACAACAAAAAUUAAAUGAGAUAGAAAUUGAUAUUGUUAAACAUUUAGAACGUGCAAUUAGUUCGAUAAUUAAUGUUUUACUUGUUGGGUUUAGAUUUGAUGAAGAGCAUGAACAACUUUAUCACCAAUUAAAUAACCAAUUAUGGCGUUUCAAUAACCGAAUGCAAAGUUUUGCCACAAAUUUAUUUAUGUGGCGCCCAGACAUUUUCAAAUCUUUCCCUUUAUGUCAGGAUGCCUAUGAUUUAGUCAAAAAUACCCACAAAUGUUUUUUUGGAUUUUUCCAACAACAAAUUGAUAGACAUUUAGAGGAAUUAAUGUUAAAUAAAGAAAAAUUAAAUAAUUCAAGUAUUUUACCCCCACCUAGCGAUUUUAUGGAAGCUUUUCUUAGAGAAAAGUUACGUUGUGAGCAAAGUGAAGAAAAUGGGAGAGAAGAUGUUUUUAGGUGA